GGAGGCAGCAGCGGGUGGGGCACGAUCUGGCGCACCCUGACCCUCCCCCACCCCCGCCAGGCUGCGGGGCGUGCUCACAGGGGGUGUUUCCGGGCUGUCGCUGCUCCAGGCCUGCGAGGUUUCACUUUUGGAUCUGGGAACCUUUGGGCUGUGUGCUCGCUCGGCAGCUCCGGGGCAGAGCCCUCCGAUCCCAGCCAGCAGAGCGGCCUGGCUUCAGCUUUGUGGGCGCGGGCACGCAACAGUCACGGUCCCGCCCUGCGGGUACGAGGCCUGACCCAGCUGCCCUCCUCAGGAGCAUGGCAUCGGCCUUUGCAAGGGUGGUCAAGAGCGUGGUCCGGGAGCUGGACCACAGUGGGGAGCUCACCCCUGUGGACAGCCUGCAGAGCUCCACCAGCUUCCAGCUCUACUGCCUUUUGAGCAGGAAGCCCUCGAGCUCAUGGUUCUGGAGACACCGCUACACACGUGUCAACCUGUCCAUCAGGGACAUCCUGGAGCCCGACGCCCCAGAGCCAGCCGUGGAGUGUGGCAGCACCUUCCAUUUCCACGACGCUAUGGAUGGGCAGCUGCAGGGCAGCGUGGAGCUGGCGGCCCCAGGACAGGGCAAGCUGUCAGGCGGGGCCGCGGUAUCCAGAAGCUCCAGUGCCUCGAUGAACGUGUGCAUGCUGCGAGUGGCCCCCAACACCUGGGAAGCCAUGCAUCGAGAGAGGCGCCUGCGGCAGCCUGAGCACAAAGUCCUGCAACAGCUGCGGAAUCGUGGGCAUGACGUGUUCGUCGUGACCGAGGUGCUGCAGACACAGAAGGAGGUGGAAGUCACCCGGACCCAAAGGCAGGAGGGCUCAGGCCAGUUUGCACUUCCGGGAGCCAUGGGCUUGCAGGGCAGAGGCGAGGGCCACCUGAGCCAGAAGAAGAUGCUCACCAUCCCCUCGGGCAGCAUCCUCGCAUUUCGGGUGGCCCAGCUGGUUAUUGGCCCUGACUGGGACAUUCUCUUCUUCCCGGACAAGAAGCAGACGACCUUCAGGCCACAGCAGGAAGGUGGCCAGCUGCAGCGGUUCUCCUGCCUCGCCUCCAUAAGGUUGUUCUCUGUCCACUUCAAGUUCCUGGCGGAUGGGCCUGUGGAGGACCGGUUGGCGAUCACCGAAGACUUCCAGGGCCUGCAGGCAGAAGUGAGGGCCUGGGCCGUGGGCCUGGACAGCUUGUCCAAGGAGCCUUGUGGGCAGCUGCUGGGGGCCCUCGGGCAGGUGCUGCGGGACGAGGCUGCCCUGCAAGCCCUGGAUGAAUCGCUGGAGCGCGGCCUGCGUGGCGGGCCUUUGGAGCCUUGGGAUGGUCCGGUGGGUGCUGUCCUCGAGUGCCUGGUGUUCUCCUCCAGAAGACUAGAAGAGGAACUUGCCGGCCCCGUCUUCUACCUGCUGCAAGCUCUAGCUGUGCUGAGCGCAACCCAGCACGUGCUGCUGGCUGAGGUGCUGGAGAUGGGGGCCCUGUCGGGGGCGUUCAAACUGGUGGAGAGCCUUUUGGAGCAGAGCACCCCAUGGCAGGAGUGCAGGGCCGUGUCCCUGCCGGCCGAGCUCCUGGGGAGCAGCUGGGGCUCAGAGGCACCCACCUGGGUCCUGCUGGAGGAGUGCGGCCUUGAGCCACAGGUGGGCGCCCCCCAGGUGUGCUGGAAACCAGAGGCCCAGGGCUGUGCGUGUGCGCUUUACGCCUGCCUGGCACUGCUAUUCAGGCUGAGCCGGCUCUGCUAGCCUGCAGCCCGCCCGCAGGGCAGCUCUCUAGUCGGGGCAGAGCUCAUGCCCACCCAGCUGCCAGGAGCCACACCCAGCCACGUGGGCAGCUCCCCACAAGGCCUGGGAGUUGAGGAAAGCCAAUAAAUGUGAUGAACAAAGGGAAGCUGCUCACUGAGCUUUCGAGGGGCCCUACGUCAGGGGCCGGGGCAGCGAUGGGGAUGGUGCCUUCACAUGCGGAGGGACCUGGGGGCUGACAGCAGGCAUCUCUCCCGUGGGACUGAGGGGGCAUUCCCUGUGCUGCACCGGAUCACUCCGUUGUGAGCAGCCACAUGGCCGGGCUCCUGGCCCCCUCCCUCAGCAGGCUGGCCUGGAAAGAAUGGGACAGGGCGAUUCCAGCGCUCAGGAUGGUUCUCUGUCUGCCUCAGGGAACUUGAGAACGUACUGAUGCAGGUAGCGGGGGGCCUGUCCUUGCCCUCCGGGGCUGCAGAGAGGACAGAGAAAGGUGUACUGACAAGCAGACAGAUCUGCACUCCUGGGGCUGCACUGGGGCCCCAGGGAAGUAACCCGAACCAGAGAAACUGGCCUUUGGGCUGUGUCUCAUCCAAAUUAAUUCGCUCAAAGGUAAGAGUCUCUCGAGAGGAGGCCUCCGGGCCCCUGAGUCGCAGUCCCUGGGCCUUCAGCAGGGC